UCCCACUUAAAGUCGUACUGGUGCAGCACUUAUAAAAAGGCUUCAUGAAGCUAGUGCACAAUCAGUCUGUUCGUAAACCUGCUUAAAUUCAAAACAAAAAAAUAGUAACUCGUCCUAUAUUGUUUUCUGAAACGCCGUGCGUGGAUAUAUUUAAAAUAAAAUUUAAUUAAAUUAAGUAAAUUAUUUAAACAAAAUAAUGAAAGUGUUUAUCGUAGUGAGUGCAUUUCUAUUCCUGGCAUGCUGCAGUGCGCAACAGCAUCCAAAUACCAUCCCACGACAGGAUGAAAAAUACGACUACAAGGAAAAUCGUGAAACCACAACUUGGAUACCAAUUUUAAAAUACAAUAAAGAACAAAGUGAAGAUGGUUCAUACAAAACUCAGUACGAAACAGGAAACAACAUCCAACACGAAGAGACUGGAUUUUUAAAGGACUUCUCCGAAGUCCAUCCAAAUGGUGUUCUUGUGCAACAUGGUCAAUAUUCAUAUGAAUCACCCGAUGGCAAUAUUGUCAGUGUUCAAUAUACUGCCGAUGAAAAUGGUUUCCGUGCAACUGGUGAUCAUAUUCCAACAGCACCACCAAUUCCGGAGGAAAUUCAAAAAGGAUUAGAUCAGAUUUAUGCUGGUAUUAAAGUGCAACAAGAUCGAUUGGAGGAAAGGGCACGAAAUGAUCCAGAUUUUGCUAGGAAAUUGGAACAAAGGAAAGUGGCUAAUCAAAAUGGACAAUAUGUUGGGUUACUUGAGGAUUAAGUUAGAGAGUUGGUAGGGGCGGGAAGAGGGUGAUUAUUGUUGUUGAUUGUGUUCGAUAAGGAUUGUGCGG